UAAAAUGAAGGCAUUGAAUUUUUUAUAAGAAAAAGCAGAGCAAGAAGGCACUGGAUUUAUUCCAUUUAAAGAUGAAAGAGAUGAAUUAGGAAAUCUAAAGGGAUUAACGAAAAGAAGUCUUUCAAGGGGAAAUAAUAAAAAAAGCGAACACAUUAUUGAUAGAACAACAUCCAAUACUUCAAAAACAUCUUAAAGGUUGAUAUAUAAAAAAUUAAAUAAAUAGAAAUAAAAAAGUAAGAUUUCUAAAAGAAAUUUACUCAACACAUGGAAAUUCUGAUUGGUGUAGUUUAACAAAUUUACGUAAGCUAGAUAAAAAGUUUUAAUUGAAUAUCGAAACAGAGUUUUAAGUUCAAAAACCACUAACAGGUUUAAACUAAAAGUUAUAAUUCAAUGAUGGAAUUGUUAGAAAGUUUACUACAAACAUUUGCAAUUCACCAAGACUUGGAAAAAAAUAAAAAACUGAAAAUUAUAUUCCCCCCUUAGGAUAUUAUCAACCUUAAGAAAUUUUAAAAAGAUAACCGAUGCUUGUAUUCAUGGAUCAAUAAAUUUCAAAUAGCAAUAGAUUAUCCUAACAUAAAUUUAGUAGAACAGAGGCAUCUACUGCUUAACCUGGACUUAGAUUAAAAUUAUCACCAAAUAAACACUCUCCAGUUCCUUAAGAAAUAUUAGAGAAAGCUUUUAAGACAGAGAGAAUCAUUACUUAAUAAAAAUACAAAUAUGUUCCUUAAAUGAUUGAUGAAAAAAAUCUCGACAAUAUAACAGCUAGAAUUAAUUGCAUAAGAUAAAAAAUAUUGCAUUCAAAAAUGAACAGUAUAUCGAAUCAAUGA